AAUAUUAAUCCAAUAGGAUCACAAUUUUUCUUGCGUACACCCGCAUUGUUUUUUCCCCACAAGCAAGUUUGCAAAGGCAAUAAUCUCUAUUACCCUCAUUAUCCAAAAUCAGAAAAAAUGGCCACUAGAGGCCUCAAAAUUUGCUUGGCCGUGUCCUCUCUUUUCUUGAUCAUUCUUGCCAUCGUUAUUGUGACCUUAAUUUUGACCAUCUUUAAACCCAAGAACCCAGAUAUAUUUCUCCACCCAGUUGACCUAGAAAACUUUCAAUUGCUUUCACCUAAUACAACUAGUGCACCCUUAGGCAUAGUGAUCACAAUUGUGAACCCUAAUUAUGGAAACUUCAAGUACGUGAAUUCCAGUGGCUAUCUUAAAUAUCGUGACACCAUUAUAGCCGAAGUUCCAUUGGGGAUAAGAUCAUUCCCUGCUCGUAGCACUACCAAUGUGAGCACUACUGUGGGUAUUAUGACCGAUAAAUUGAUACAAGAUCCAAAGUUUUUGUCAGAUAUUGAAGGUGGGGUGUUCAAUUUGACAGCAGAGGCCACACUUCCUGGGAAAGUGACCAUGAUCAAGAUUUUAAGGCUUAAGGCCAAGAUUUAUAUCUCUUGUGGCGUCUCUUUCAACAUAAUUACCGUGGAUGCUAGUUCCAGCUGCAUGUCCAAAAUCAAAUUGUGACUGCAUGUUAAUUGCAAAAGAGAGGAAUUUCUACACAUGUUGAAACUAAUAUGCUCUUGGUGGGGGUUGGGGGAGGAUAUAUGAUCUCCUUUGCCUUUAAAUUAUUACUCUCUCCUUUUCUUUUUA